AUGCAUUCAAGUCUCGGGAUUGUCGAGAUCCCCGCCCUCACCAAGGUGACAUGGGACCUAUACAACCAAUGCCAGAUCAUCGCGAAGGAUGCUCCUGCAGGAUUCCAAAAGCUAGUGACUGAGCUGGGCUCAUUACAAGACACCUUGCGCACCUUUCCCGAUGAUGUGGAUUCUAACGCAUCCUUCGAGAAGAUGGAUGAGGAUCGCAAACAGACGUUCGGACGAUCCCUCGGUGCUUGUCUCGCCACCCUACAACGACUGAAAGAGCUCCUUGCCCGGUUGAAAGGCUUCGAAACUGGCGAUGGAAAAGGUUUCUGGCAAAAUAUCAAAUGGGCGACGCAACGAACUCAGAUUGAGGAUAUCAGAUCUAAGAUCAUGAUGCACACUUGCAAUCUGAGCCUAUGCAUAAGCUUUAUAGGGAAGUGA